CGGAGCCCCAGAACCUUCUCGACCCUCCUUCCUCCCUCCCUCCCCGUCCCGCGCAGCGCAGGUGAGACCUCCGGCCAUCUUUACCAGUACUACUGCGGGUUCUUCCCUGCGCGUUUUUCCUUCUCGAUCAAUCACCUCCUCGGCUCCUCCUACUAUCUAUCGUCCUCUCUCUCUCUCUCUCUCGCGUACGCGGCGGCGGGGAGGCAGCGCCUCGCCACCGCCGCAAGGUGGCGGCCGGCCUCCUCCGUCCGCGCUCUCCCUUGCGGCGACCCCGGACGGGCUUCCUCCCGCUCCCGCCUUGUUGGGAGUGGCGGUAUAAUAGCAGAUUUCUCGUUUCUCCUGCCGGCUUCGCCCGCCCGCCUGCGGCGAUCUCCCGCGAGCAGGGGCGCUGUUCGUCCUGCGUCCUCACCGAAACAAUGAGCAGACGCAACAGCCGCACCAUAUAUGUAGGCAAUCUCCCCGGGGACAUUCGUGAGAGGGAGGUCGAGGAUCUCUUUUACAAGUAUGGACGUAUUUUGGACAUUGACUUGAAGAUUCCUCCAAGACCUCCUGGCUAUGCUUUUGUUGAGUUUGAGGAUCCUCGUGAUGCUGAUGAUGCAAUUAUUGGCCGUAAUGGGUAUAAUUUUGAUGGCUACAGGUUGCGGGUGGAAUUGGCUCAUGGUGGAAGAGGUCAAUCUUACUCAUAUGAUCGCCCAAGAAGCUAUAGCAGUGGACGACGUGGAGGUGUUUCUAGGCGUUCUGAAUAUCGCGUUAUGGUCACUGGUUUACCAUCAUCGGCAUCAUGGCAGGAUCUUAAGGACCACAUGCGACGGGCUGGUGAUGUCUGUUUCUCUGAUGUAUACCGUGAGGCUGGAGCAACUGUUGGAAUUGUGGACUAUACAAGCUAUGAAGACAUGAAGUAUGCGAUUAGGAAGCUUGAUGACUCGGAGUUCAGAAAUGCAUUUUCACGUGCAUAUAUAAGGGUGAGAGAGUAUGAUGACAGAUCAAGAAGCAGAAGUCGCUCUUACUCAAGAAGUCGUAGUUACAGCAAGAGCAGGAGUCCGAAGUCUGUUUCUCGGUCACCCUCACCUGUGGAUGAAAGAUCGAUGUCAAGAUCGCAGUCCCCUGUUUCUUCACCUUCUCGUGGAAGAUCUGUUAGUAGAAGCCCAAGCAGGAGCUUAUCCCGCUCUCCCUCUCCUGUCAAAUCUGACUGAACAUGAAAACCCUUCAAGCAGUGACAACUACUUUAGAAUCCAGGAACCUGGAAAUCGAGGAUAAGAAUGGAUUGAAGAUCAGGUCGUCCCUGGAUAUGGCUUCACUUCACUGUUUUGCCGCUGCACCUCUUUGUUUAGGAGGUUGACUUCUGUUUAGUAUUAUUCACAUUACAUUAUAUCUGCGAAACAGAGAUAUUGUGUCCUGUUGUAGUCAAUAGUCGCAGAGUACUUAUUUUACAUCUAGUAGGUGGAUGAAUUAUCUGCACUCCGUUAUGAAAUUAUGUUGCAGUCAUCCAAGGAUGAAAUCGACUCGAACAUUGACUAAAACUAGAUAUACCAUAUUUAUGUUUAUAUUUUUAUUAUAGGGCCAUAUACAAAUAUGGAUACCACGAAAAUGAGAACGAAUAUCAUCAAA